CGCGCCCCUUCCCGUAGCAAAAGAAGAAGAUGGCGUACGCCACAGUCUCCGAGUCGCCAUGAUGGCUAGUUAUUUUGUAACUGGCUUAGCAAUUCUGGCGUAUCAGCCAUCACUAAUAUAAUGGAUUUUUGAUUAAGACUGUGACCUCAGACAGUCGGACUGUCUCCUGUCACCAUGUUGACUCGUCUCUUCAGACUUCACGGGCUUGUCGUGGCUUCCCACCCGUGGGAAGUUAUAGUCGGCACCCUGGCUCUCACAGUCUGUCUAAUGUCUAUGAACACCCUGACAACAAGUAAUCAGGUGUGCAGCUGGAACGAGUGCCCCAAACUCCAGGAGAAAACCCAAAACAGCAACAUUAUUAUACUAUCAAUUACACGCUGCACGGCUAUUGUUUACAUUUAUUUCCAGUUUAAGACUCUUCGCCAACUGGGAUCAAAGUAUAUAUUAGGUAUUGCAGGGUUAUUUACAGUAUUCUCCAGCUUUGUUUUCAGCACUGUGGUAAUACACUUUUUUGGAAAAGAGCUAACAGGCCUCAAUGAAGCCCUGCCAUUCUUCCUAUUGCUCAUUGACCUGUCUAAAGCGUGUGCAUUGGCCAAAUUUGCCCUAAGCUCAAAUUCUCAGGAGGAGGUGAGGGAGAACAUUUCUAAAGGCAUGGGCAUUCUGGGGCCCACCUUCACUUUAGAUGCAUUGGUUGAGUGUCUGGUUAUUGGAAUUGGUACAAUGUCAGGGGUGCCCCAACUGGAGAUUAUGUGUUGUUUUGGCUGCAUGUCUGUUCUGGCCAAUUAUUUUGUUUUCAUGACCUUCUUUCCUGCAUGCGUCUCACUUGUCUUGGAGUUGUCAAGGGAAAGCCGUGAAGGCCGCCCAGUCUGGCAGUUGAGUCACUUUGCACGUGUGAUGGAGGAAGAGGAGGACAAUAAGCCCAAUCCAGUUACGCAAAGGGUUAAAAUAAUAAUGUCCCUAGGCUUAGCUCUGGUCCAUGCCCAUACAAGACUUGCAUCAGAAACCCAAGGAAAUAAUCGCACAGUAGAAGGACCCAUCUCUGACUCUUUGCACUCUGGAGGAGCAUGGCCCUUUAAACUCACCAGUAUGGAUUUAGAGCAAGUUAUAACUCUCAGUCUUGCUCUGCUUCUUGCUGUAAAAUAUGUUUUCUUUGAACAAACGGAGGCAGAGUCCUCGCUAUCACUCAAGAACCUCAGCUCCCCGUCUCUACAUAGACAGUGGAAAGAGGAGGGCUGUUGUAUAAGGAAUGGUUCGGUCCAAAAGAAACUGCAUGUCAUUCACGACCACUCUGCAACAUGCCAAACAACUGGAGGCUUUUCAGAAUUGCAAAGCACUCCUGGACCAGAUCAAGAUACGGUGCAAUCUGAUUUUAUGGAGACCUCAGAGAACAGCACUGGUGUUUCAAUUGAAGAAGAUACACAUUCAGAAUUAAAGCCACGAACAUUAGAAGAUUGUGUGGCUAUCCUGUUUGAUCCUCGUCGCGGUCCCAGGUGUUUAAGUGAUUCAGAAGUAAUGAACCUGGUCACCUCACGUAAAAUCCAAAAUUAUAAAUUAGAAACGGUCCUAGAGAAUCCAGAAAGAGCGGUGGCCAUCAGAAGAGAGUUGUUAUCUUCCAAAUUACCUUCAACAUCUGCCUUGGCACACCUACCUUAUAAAAACUAUGACUACUCAAAGGUCAUGGGAAGCUCCUGUGAGAAUGUCAUUGGUUACAUGCCAGUUCCUGUUGGAGUUGCAGGCCCUCUUCUGUUGGACGAUAAACCAUUUUAUGUUCCCCUGGCGACUACCGAGGGGUGUCUUGUGGCCAGUACCAAUCGAGGAUGCCGAGCUCUGUCACUGAGUGGAGGUUGUCGCAGCAGGAUACUAGCUGACAACAUGACUAGGGGUCCAGUUGUGCGACUGCCAUCAGCUUGUCGUGCCGCAGAGGCAAAACUUUGGCUUGAGAGCCCAGAAGGUUUUUGUGUUCUCCAAGAGGCCUUCGAUGAGACUAGCAGGUUUGGGCGCUUAAAGAAGUUAUUAGUGGGCUUAGCUGGUAGAAAUCUGUACAUUCGCUUCCAGUCUCAGACAGGGGAUGCCAUGGGUAUGAACAUGCUCUCCAAGGGGACAGAGCGUGCUUUGCAAAGGCUAAAGCUGCAGUUCCCAGACCUGGAGGUGCUGUCUGUGAGUGGAAACUACUGCACUGACAAGAAACCAGCAGCUCUUAACUGGAUCCUGGGCCGGGGAAAGUCUGUGGUGUGUGAAGCUACUGUUCCAGGAAAGGUUGUUAGAGAGGUGCUGAAGAGCAGUACUGUUGCUCUGGUUGAGUUAAACAUCAAUAAGAAUUUAGUGGGUUCAGCCAUGGCUGGCAGCAUAGGAGGCUUUAAUGCCCAUGCUGCUAAUAUUGUAACAGCUAUUUAUAUAGCAUGUGGACAGGACCCUGCACAAACGGUGGGUAGUUCCAAUUGUAUCACACAGAUGGAACCUGCUGGACCAGGAGGAGAGGAUCUGUACAUCACUUGCACAAUGCCCUCCAUUGAGCUGGGUACUGUGGGAGGUGGCACCAAUCUGAUGCCACAGAAAGCUUGUCUAGAAAUGCUUGGUGUCCAAGGGACCAGCCCAAACCAUCCAGGUGAAAAUGGUCGUCAGCUAGCUCGUGUAGUGUGUGCAACUGUCUUAGCAGGGGAGCUCUCACUUAUGGCUGCUCUAGCUGCUGGUCAUCUAGUUAAAAGCCACAUGACCCACAAUAGAUCUACAACAAAUUUGGCUGGAAUGCAAUGUGCCACACCAGACACCUCAGCAUCAAAGCAUGAUCCAUCUUGACCCUAAACUGAAAGGGACGUUUUAAGAUCUAGUUUUUAAACAUCUGGCACGUGCGUGUGAUGCCUGGAUCCUAAAUUGAGAACACAUCAUUUUGAACCUUGUUUUGACUUUUUUUUCUUACAGAGUUGGAAUAAUGUGACCGAUUAAUUCUACUGUAUUUAAACAUUAUGUUAAACAUUAGAUAUUGUGCCUACCAUUUUAGCCAAUUUGUCAAAGACAGAAUACUUUUAGUGGUCAGAUUUUGCCAAAAUUGCAUAAAAAGUUUGAUGGUUUACACAACAUUCCACCAACAAUGUUCCUUAUGAAUAGUUGUGUGUUCCUACUGCAGUUCAAAAGGUGUGUGAAUUUGUUACAAGCCACUUUCAUACAGUUAACCAAAGCCAUAAAAUAGUUGCGUAAUUAUUGUUGAAAUGGCAAUGUAUGUGGAUGUAUAGGAUUGCUUAACUGCACAAAAAAGUUCAUGACUGCAGAUUUUGAUCCUGUGAUGUUUAGACUAUUGCUUGCAAAACUGGUGCCUUUAAAGAAUAAUGCAAAUUUAAUUUAAUAAGAUGCUUUAUUUAUAUUAAAUAUUUUCACCUUG